AUGAAAGGCAUCUCCUCCAGCUUCGUGCAGUCACUGGUCCGCGACUGCUGCAGGCGUAUGCGCAAUCAUUCAACGCCAAAAAGAUCACUAGCAACGACAGCAUGCCGCACCAGUCGACUCCGGACUCGUAUUGAGAUCCCACCUCCUUUUCCAGUCACAAAGACCUGCCCGGAGCCAAGCUGCGAUUGCCCGCCCACGCCAGCAUUGCCCGAGGGCCUAACGAUCGAUCAUGAACAGCCAUUGAACGGGACCAUGGCGGCGUACGCGCAGCAGCUCAUAGUCUGCACAGGCCAGCGAGACUGGACGAGUCGAAUCGAGGAUGAUGGGAAAGACCAGGGCUGGGGGGCUCUAGUUCGUGGAUUGAAACAGCUGAUGGGGCGAGGAGGGCCGUAUCUCGACCCCUUCAACAACGUUCUCGUGACCAACUCUUCUAUAAAACCGUCUCGGUCGUCUGCGCUAUCAACAUCGCCCUCAUCCGCCACUGCCUCUGCCCUCCUCUUCCCCGCAUUUAAAUACAUUCCGUCCAUUCCGACCUCGGCAAGCCCAACAUCUUCAUCAUCAGAUCAGCACAUCGAUCUAAAGACAUUUAUUCGUGCCUUUCUCCUCCCGACUCGUCUUCAUGAAAUGCAUUCCUCUCUCCCCGAGUCCAAGCAGCGGGACAUGACCCGCGCCCCGGACUUGGCGAGCAAGUUCUCGAACGUCUCGGACAUUGAAUACUCUCCAACAAUUCUCAUCUGUGGACAUGGAGGCCGUGACAUGCGAUGCGGGGUUAUGGCACCUGCUCUGGAAAAGGAGUUCCAGCGCGUGCUGUGUGAGGUUGGAUUUGACUCUGCAGGGAGCGAAGGCAUCCUCGAUAAGCCAGGUCACAGCAACCUGGGCCUAAUCAGCCACAUUGGAGGACACAAAUACGCGGGUAAUGUGAUUAUCUACAUCCCAUCAAAAAUGACAAUAGGACCAGGCGAGACGUCGGAGAUCCAUCCGCUGGCUGGCAAGGGUAUUUGGUAUGGGCGUAUUGAGCCCAAGCAUGUACAGGGGAUUGUUGAGGAGACGGUGCUUGAAGGCAAAGUUGUCGCAGAUCACUUUCGAGGCGGGAUUGAUCGCAACGGCGAUAUCUUAAGGCUGUAA